AUGGCUUCUCGGGCAAGAAAUCAUCCUUCGAAUCCCCGGACGCGAAAAACAACUUGUCAUUCUUAUAGAGAACUUUUAAUUGAAAGACGCCGACAAAACCAGGAAACAGAACAUGGGCAGAAAACGAAAAGCGUUCAGUAUCUGCCAGCAACGGUACUGAACGGGUUCGAUGUUCUUUGGCGUCAGAAUAUUUUGUGCGAUGUAAUAAUAAUUUGCCAGAACCGAACCUUUGAUGCCCAUCGUCUUUUACUGGUAACUUGCUGUGAUUAUUUCUACGAUGUUUUUGUAGAUCAGCUUCAUGAUGGCAGAGAGGUGGACAUCAGCCAUCUUGAUAUCGAUGCGAGCAUAUUUCAGAAUAUUCUGCUAUGUUUAUACACAGAGAGAUUAUUCUUAUCGGAGGCCAUCAUUGUGGAAACAUUGCAGGCUGCUUCUCGACUUGGCCUCUUUCUUAUUCAGGAUACCUGCCAAGAAUUUCUAAUUGAAAACACAAAUAUGAAAAAUUGUCUGAAGAUGCUGGAAAGAGCUUCCAAGUUCAAUCUCAGCAAACUUGCAGAUAAAUGCCUAGAGAUUGUGGCAAAAUAUUUUAAAGUGAUUUCAAAAAGAUCAAGAUUUAAAGAACUUCCAGUUGAACAGAUAGUUUCACUGCUGAAGAGAGAUGAUCUUAAUGUUUCCGGUGAAUUGGACGUCUUCAAACGGUUUAUCGAAUGGAUAGAACACCGAAAACAAGAACGUCUUCCGUACGCUCCCGAGCUACUGGCAACCAUUCGUCUCCCUCUACUUCCACCUUCCUCCAUCGUGGAUUCCGUAGAAAGUGUCACGUACCUAAUGGAUAUCCCAGAAUGCCAGAGGCUUGUUAAGGAUGCUCUGCAUUAUCACUGUAUUCCGUCUAGACAAACCGUUCUACAGUCUUCCCGCACAAUUCCCAGAAACCAAAAUGUUUCCGAUAUGUUGGUAGUCAUUGGCGGCGCUCCAAGGUACAAAUGCGAUUCUGCCAGUGAUGACGUCAUGGCGUAUAACUUGACAUCAAAAACGUGGAAAUCUGUGGCUACGUUACCCGAACCACGUCAUCACCAUGCAAGCGUUACUUUCGGAGGAUUCCUGUAUAUAGCUGGUGGGGAAAAAUACAACAACAGCAUGACACCCGUUGAUUCUGUCUUCCGGUACGAUCCAAGAAACAGCACGUGGCUGAAGGUAGCCAGCAUGAAUCACCAGCGACAGAGUUUCAGCUUAGCAGUUCUUAACAACAGGAUGUAUGCAGUGGGUGGUCGAUUAGACGCCACGGAAUCUCUGUCUUCGGUGGAGCGCUACAAUCCGCAGUCCAACACGUGGCAUGAAGUGGCUCCAUUAAGUACCCCGAAGAGAUGCGUGGCAGUGGCUGUCCUGAAUGGGCGUUUGUACGCAGUUGGGGGUUCAGGAAAUCAGAUGAUUUCAAGUCGAGUAGAAAGUUACAAUCCGUUUGAUGACAAAUGGGAGAUCAAGCAACCAAUAUCAACAGCUCGAUUCUUCGCUCAUCUCGUACCAAUAGCAGGGUCCUUAUUGUUGAUUGGGGGCGCAACAGUCAACAAAGAUGGCGAUAUUAGCUGCUUGGAUACUAUCGAAAAGUAUACCCCGUCUAGUGAUUGCUGGACAAUCGUAUCGGAAAUGCGCACCCCGAGGGCAGAGUUUGGUUGUGCUGUUCUUGGUUCCAAAAUCUACGUGGCUGGUGGUUAUAACUGGGACAAAAUGGAGAGACUCAGAUCAGUUGAAUGUUUUGAUUUGGACUCCUACAUUUGGACGGAACUGGAUAGGGCACUACCUCAGGAACUAACUGGUCUCAAUUUAGCUUGCAUCAAAACAUACCAUGGAGGUGAUUUUUAAAAAGGUGGAUUAUCUCGAGCGUAUAUUUCUUAAUAAUUUCUGCCGUACUUGUGUAGUAAAAUGUUUGCAUUGCUAUGAAAAUUAAUAAAAAAAAAUAUUAAUA